AUGCGCGGCCGCAACAUCAAACUGCCAAAGAAAUUUGAAUGGUCCUGCUACAGGUUCUGGGCUGCUUCGGCACCGCUCCACUUUGUCUAUCGUGGAUUCCAUUCAAAAUAUUUGCUUGCAACGACAAAGCAGGUUCGCGACCCGUUUUUUACGGCGUCGACACCAACGUCGGUGGUUGAGGCCCUGGAGCGUCUCCUCAGUCCAUACGAGUCCAUGUGCUGGCCUAUGCAAGCUCUGCUUCCCAUUGUCACAGGCCCGGAUGUCAUUCAAUCCAUUAUCGGCUGGAAGCUCCGACAGUCUACUCAAGGCGCAACGCCGAAGCCUAGUAUUGCGCCCAGGCUUCUAGUUGUUGCUGCUGAGCUCGACGUUCUCUGUACACAGCCCGUCUUGCGAAAUGCCGCGAAACGAUAUCGAGCCGCGUUUCUUGCUUCGUUGAGAUUGAACAAGUUGGAUGGUGUAUCCGAACAUGCUGUUCAUCUCGGACAUGAUGACAGCGAGGAAGCGAACGGUGUAAGAUUCGAGAUUGUCAAAGGAGUGGCGCACCAUGUGCAGAACCAUGUCGAGUGGGAAAAGGGUGCCAAGGUAGUGCUUGACUGGGUGCAGGAGCUGUAGUUAGAUGUUUCAGUCAGCGCCUACGGCCCGGCGGUAUAUCGAUCCUAUUCUGCAGUCAAUGUAUUACCUAUCCAGC